AUGUCCACGAAACAGUACAAGGCGGCCGGCGAGGAUCUCUGGAAGAACCGGACCGAGAAGAUCAAUGCAGAGCUCUUCACCCUCACCUACGGCGCCCUGGUGGUCCAGAUGAUCAAGGACUACGAAGACUACGCAGAGGUCAACAAGCAGCUCGAGAAGAUGGGCUACAAUAUCGGCACGAGGCUCAUCGAGGACUUCCUCGCAAGGACCAACAUGACGCGCUGCUCCGAUUUCAAGGAGGUCGGGGAGGUGGUCAGCAAGGUCGGCUUCAAGAUGUUCCUCAACAUCACACCCAACGUCGCUCAUCUCUCUUCAUUGGCCUCUGGCGGUACAAACGCUGGCGCGUCCAGCGAGGCGAAUGCGGCGGCGGCGGCGACGACGGCAGCGGGGGUCAUGGCGGGGACAGCAGCGUCGCAAGCCGGGCAAGAGUUCAGUCUGACGUUUGACGAGAACCCUUUGGCAGAGUUCGUCCAGCUGCCUGACGAUGCGAGACAGGGCGGCCUCUGGUUCUCCAACGUGCUGGCAGGAGUGUUGCGCGGUGCCCUCGAAAUGGUCCAGAUGCAGACCGAGUGCUACUUUGUCUCGGACACGCUCCGCGGCGACGAGACAACGGAGCUCAGGGUGCGACUGCUCAGGUAUCUCGACGAAGAGGCGCCCAUUGCGGAUGAUUGA